AUACAACAAGCUAAUGAUAUAGAGCUGAGCUGAGGCAAAGUUAUAUCCCUUCUCCUCGAUUCUAAGCUAGUCUUCUUCUUGUUCUUAUAGUCUCUCUUCUUUCCGAUAUUCGAAAUCAGCAGCGAUCUAUGUACUCUUCCAUUUUCUGCUGAAUCUCAACACUCCAAUGGGUUCUACCGAGAUUAACUGGGACCGGCUAGAUAAAACGAAGUUCUAUGUCGUGGGAGCUGGACUGUUUACGGGUGUCACUGUGGCGCUCUACCCUAUCUCUGUUGUGAAGACUAGGCUGCAGGUUGCCUCAAAGGAAACUAUGGAGAGAAGUGCACUUUCUGUUGUGAAAGGAUUGCUUAGAACGGAUGGUAUACCUGGUUUGUAUAAAGGGUUUGGAACGGUCAUCACUGGUGCAAUUCCUGCCAGAAUCAUAUUCCUCACUGCCUUAGAGACAACAAAGGCUGCUUCCUUCAAGAUGAUCGAGCCGUUUAAACUAUCUGAAACGGCCCAGGCUGCCAUAGCAAAUGGAUUUGCGGGAAUGACAUCAUCGCUUAUGUCACAAGCCGUGUUUGUUCCAAUUGAUGUGAUUAGCCAAAAGUUGAUGGUGCAAGGAUACUCAGGCCAUGCCCAGUAUAGUGGGGGUUUGGAUGUUGCUCGUAAGGUGUUAAGGUCUGAUGGCAUCAGGGGAUUAUAUAGAGGCUUUGGUCUAUCUGUUAUGACUUAUUCGCCAUCUACCGCUGUAUGGUGGGCGAGUUAUGGCUCAAGUCAGCGCUUGUUAUGGAGGUUCUUGGGAGAUGGUGACAAAAAUGAGAAAGACACUCCUAGUCUGCCGAAGAUUAUUUUUGUUCAGGCUGCUGGAGGGAUUAUUGCUGGUGCUACUGCAUCCUGCAUCACAACCCCAUUGGAUACUAUCAAGACAAGGUUACAGGUGAUGGGACAUGAACAGAGAAGCUCUGUAAAACAAGUUGUUAAAGACUUAAUCAAAGAAGAUGGUUGGAAAGGUGUAUAUAGAGGAUUAGGUCCAAGAUUUUUCAGCAUGUCUGCAUGGGGUACUUCAAUGAUAUUGGCUUAUGAAUAUCUGAAGCGUUUGUGUGCAAAAGAUGAUGAGACAGCUGGUCUGCAAACUGGUAUUAUUUCAAUUGAUUAGAGAAGAUUUGCUCCCAAUCUACCUGGUAAUUGAGUUUCUUUUAUCGGCUGGGUUGACGAGUUGGAUAAUCCUACACCUUGAGCAUUGAUUUGCUUCUGGAGUGGACAUAUCAGUCUUGAUUUAAAGGAUAACCUUUAAACAAACAGCUAUACUAACUGAUUGUUCAGGAAAUGAUCGUUGGAUACACAGAUAUGGAAUUUUUCCUCGUAGAAAAUUAUUUUCAUUCUUUGCGAUAGCUAAAUUGCUUUGAAUAGGUGUAUUCUUUUCCAUCAUUGUUAUGGAUAGUGUACAAUUGGAUGAAUUUUGUUUUGUCAUGGAUGGCUGGAUGGAUAUGGUCUCAUGGAUUAUUUCCCCACCCCUAGAUGGAAGCCACGGCAUAUAUCUUUUUCUCCUUAAAAUGUGUAGUGAUUUGAGAUUUGCCUCAGCUCAUCACUGCUUUUCUAGAUUUCUUCACCUUUUUUUCCCUUUCAAAAGUAGGUUUAGAGUAGUAACAUAUAUCUGAUAAAUGAAGAGUACGUUCGUAACUCUUCAGGGCAGUAUGAUAUUAAAGGAUGAAAUGGAAGUAGACAUUUAUCACGAUUAAGGUUGGUAACUUCCAAUUCCUAUUUCUAACUCAUCAGAAUUUCAUAUUUUUCAAUAAUAAACGUGAGAGGUCCUGUAACUUCAUUGGACAAAAUCAGAUCAUCUCAAUUGUAAGAAAAACUUGAUCA